AUGGAAUAUGAGUACCGUCGUGGCAGCAACGUGGCACAAGCGGCACGCAACAUCAACGACGUUUACGGAGCGAAUACUACAAACAAACGCACCACCUGUUUUUGGUUUGCCCGCUUCCGUUCUGGAAAUUUCCACCUGAAAAAUGAACCCCAUGGUCGUCCGAAAACUUUGGACGACAAUGAUGAAUUAAAGGCGAUUGUGGAAGCUGAUGACACUCAAUCUACGGCCGAAUUAGCAGCAGCUUUCGACGUUAGCAUCAAAACAAUAUUGGUCCAUUUACGUCUAAUUGGCAAGGUAAAAAUGCUUGACAAAUGGGUGCCCCACGAAUUCAAUGAUCGCCAAUGCGAAAUACGCGUCGAGACAUGCCUUGCACUGCUCAACAGGUACACAAACGAAGGAAUAUUUAACCGCAUUGUCACCUGCCGCGAAAAAUGGAUUCUGUUUGACAAUCGCAAGCGCUCAGCAAGUUGGUUGGAUCCUGGUUCAGCACCUAAAUAA